AGGGCGGGGCGGGGCGGCGUGGCGCGGCAAGCGGAGUUCCUCAAAACGCCGUUAGAUCAGCUGCGGGCUGCAGUUACGUCUUUCUACUCUGCUAGACACUUGGAAUGGAGCCGCGUUUUGAUAUAAGACACCCUGGCAGAGACAGCGCGUGAAGCCUUCAGCUCGAGGAAUUCGAGGAGCUUUCCGAACUGAAACGGCAGCUCCGACGAUGUGACGCGGCUGGCGACAAAAAAAAUCAUCACCCGAGCUGCCUUCAUGUGGAUCCUGUCCAGGAAGACCCUGCUGAUGACUUCCAUGUGGUCGACAUUUCGGUCUUUUUUUAUGAGGAGCUUUUAUUGCAGACGCGGUCGCCAGGCGUAGAGGGAGGAGAUGACGAUGCUGUGUCGGAGUAUGAAGAGAUAAAGAGCAGACAACACACUCCUUGGGAAAUGAGAGCUUACAAGUGGCCCUUGUUUGGCUUUAUGUCCCUUUUCACCGUGGAGCUGGUUCUCUAUUGUUAUCGGUGGAACAAUCCUGCUGCUGUCGUCGACCUGAAAGGAUACAUCAGCAUUUCUACAGGGCAGUACCUACAGGUCUUCUGCAAACAAUGUGCCUUGGUGUCAAAUUCUGGUCAGAUGCGUGGAGCGAGACGAGGAGGAGACAUUGACGAGGCAGGCUGUGUGCUACGGAUGAACAACGCCCCGACCGUGGGCUAUGAAAGCGACGUCGGCAGCAGGACCACGCUGCGUGUUGUAUCCCACACCAGUGUGCCACUCCUUGUCAGGAAUGCCACGUACUUCUUUAGGCAGUCGGCAGACACGCUUUAUGUUAUCUGGGGUCCAGAGAGGAAGAUGAAGAAAGACGCGUCCAUCUACAACCUACUGCAGAAAAUACAGAAGAUCUAUCCCAGUGUGAAGCUUUAUGUGUUUACCCAAGAGAAGAUGAGAAGUUGUGAUGCCAUCUUUCAGAAUGAAACUGGAAAGGACAGGAUGAAGUCCGGCACCUUCCUCAGCACGGGAUUCUUCAGUUUAAUCCUAGCAAUGGACCUUUGUGAGAGCAUCAGCGUCUAUGGAAUGGUGGACCAAGGAUACUGCAGCCAAGCCAAUCGUUCUUCGGUGCCUUAUCAUUACUACGAGACGGCGAAGCUCAACGAGUGCCUGAUGUACAACACGCACGAGAGAGCAGCGAGAGGAGGCCAUCGCUUCAUCACGGAGAAGGCCAUCUUCGCCAGAUGGGCUGUGCAAAGAAAGAGGAUGACGUUCACGCAGCCUUCGUGGCCAGAGCUGGGAAGUUCCUUACUUUGAGCAGACGACUGCGACUGGAACUCGUCUUUCUAAAGAGAUUGGGUGCCUUCGGUGGACCUGAGGUAGAGGGGCUUUGUCUGAAGCACUUUAUAUUUAUUUGUUCCUCUCACGGCAGGUCCACACCAACACCGUUUACAGGGUCCAAAGCGACUUCCACGUUUAUUGACAGUGUUCACCGUCACACACACUUCCUUCCUUUAUCGGUGCUCUUCUUUUCUAUUCAGUAUUUGAAACACUUGGGCUUUUGUGUGUCUGAUUGAAAGUCCGCACACGCGCACACACCCACCGUGUUACGUUUUCCCCAAGCGUAGUGUUGUCACGUCACCUUACUGGUCUGUACCGCUGGGGCAGACCAGAGAGUCCACUUGGGGUGGCGGAGGGCUCAGGCUGGGGGGCUUCACUUGCACCUUCAGCAGCUCAGUAUGUGACUGUGGGCAGGUCAACACACCCGCCCACCCGUCUGUGCCACCAUUUGUGUCUCUUUAAACAGUUAAUUAAGCUACACUCUGUACUGGCAUGGCAUUACAAUAAAAGAGGUGCUCUAAAAAUGGA